UGCGCAGGGCGGGGAGACCUUGGCUAAACUUACCAGCGGCUCAGCGGAGGUGAAAGCCCUGUCGGUAGGGUCAGGACCGAGGGAAGAUGCAGAGCUGGAGUCGUGUGUACUGCUCCUUGGCCAAGAGAGGCCAUUUCAAUCGGAUAUCUCAUGGUUUACAAGGAGUUUCUUCGGUGUCUUUAAGAACUUAUGCAGAUCAACCAAUUGAUGCUGAUGUGACAGUGAUUGGCUCUGGCCCUGGAGGAUAUGUUGCUGCCAUCAAAGCUGCCCAGUUAGGCUUUAAGACAGUCUGCAUUGAGAAGAAUGAAACACUAGGUGGAACGUGUUUGAAUGUGGGCUGUAUUCCUUCAAAGGCUUUACUGAAUAAUUCUCAUUAUUACCAUAUGGCCCAUGGAAAAGAUUUUGCAUCUAGGGGAAUUGAAAUGUCAGAAGUUCGCUUGAAUUUAGAGAAGAUGAUGGAGCAGAAGAGUUCUGCUGUGAAAGCCUUAACAGGGGGAAUUGCCCACCUAUUCAAACAAAAUAAGGUUGUUCACGUCAAUGGAUUUGGAAAGAUAACUGGCAAAAAUCAGGUCACAGCUACAAAAGCCGAUGGCAGCACUCAGGUUAUUGGUACAAAAAACAUCCUUAUAGCUACAGGUUCAGAGGUCACUCCUUUUCCUGGAAUCACGAUUGAUGAAGAUACUAUAGUGUCAUCUACAGGAGCUUUAUCCUUAAAAAAAGUUCCAGAGAAGUUGGUUGUUAUUGGUGCAGGAGUAAUUGGUGUAGAAUUGGGUUCAGUUUGGCAAAGACUUGGUGCAGAUGUGACAGCAGUUGAAUUUUUGGGUCACGUGGGUGGAAUUGGAAUUGAUAUGGAGAUAUCUAAAAAUUUCCAACGGAUUCUUCAAAAGCAAGGAUUUAAGUUUAAACUGAAUACAAAAGUUACUGGUGCCACCAAGAAGUCAGAUGGAAAAAUUGACGUGUCUGUUGAAGCUGCUUCUGGUGGUAAAGCUGAAGUUAUCACUUGUGAUGUACUCCUGGUUUGUAUUGGUCGACGGCCCUUUACUCAGAAUUUGGGACUAGAGGAGCUUGGAAUUGAACUAGAUCCCAGAGGUAGAAUUCCAGUCAAUACCAGAUUCCAAACUAAAAUUCCAAAUAUCUAUGCUAUUGGGGAUGUGGUUGCUGGUCCAAUGUUGGCUCACAAAGCAGAAGAUGAAGGCAUCAUCUGUGUUGAAGGAAUGGCUGGCGGUGCUGUGCACAUUGACUAUAAUUGUGUGCCGUCGGUGAUUUACACACACCCCGAGGUUGCUUGGGUUGGCAAAUCAGAAGAGCAGUUGAAAGAAGAGGGUAUUGAGUACAAAGUUGGUAAGUUCCCAUUUGCAGCAAACAGUAGAGCUAAGACAAAUGCUGACACGGAUGGCAUGGUGAAGAUUCUGGGACAGAAAUCAACAGAUCGAGUACUGGGAGCACAUAUUCUGGGGCCAGGUGCUGGAGAAAUGGUGAAUGAAGCGGCCCUGGCUUUGGAAUACGGAGCUUCUUGUGAAGAUAUAGCUAGAGUCUGCCACGCACAUCCGACUUUAUCCGAGGCUUUUAGAGAAGCAAAUCUGGCUGCAUCUUUUGGCAAACCAAUCAACUUUUAAUUAGAAGAUUGUUUUUUCCUAAAAUCUGGAAGCUUUUGUCAAGGUUACAUUUUUGAACAGGAUUAUCUCUCAGUUUCAGGAAUUUGUAGGAUGAAAUUAUGAAACUUCUGGAAGGUAUUUAGUAGGUUUAAACAGAAUGGAAUAACCUUGUAUCUAUAUUUUAAAUAUUUUGUUCCAGUGUACUAAUGUGGAUAGAAAGCUACAUAUAGUAGCAUCCUGGAAAGUUUUUGACUUGUGUUUUCAUUCUGUCUGUGAGAUUCAACUUUACUGAAUUGGCAUUAAUGGAUUUUCUAAUUCAGUGGAGGUGAAUCUGUCACAGGGAAGGAGCUGGAUAAUUCGUGUGAACAGCUUCAAGAAAACUGACCAAGUUAAAUUUGGUUUUCAUAUUGGAAACGAGUCAGUGAUUAGAACAAGAUUCAAAUAUGUACAAACAACUUAUGUAAAUAAAAGUGAUUGUCUCUCAUUUUAUUUAACUCCCAAAUUCCUGGUAGUUUAGAGAUAGAAUUACGUGUUUUGAGGUUGUAGUAAGACCUGUAAGUUUAAAGGGCAUUCAGUUGCCCAAAUGAAGAUUCUGUAUACAAAACUAUUAAAUGGAGACUCAUGAUUAUACCAGGAAAUGAAGAUACCAAAAUAAACAUGUCUUAAUAUUUAUUUACUGGUUAUUCUGAGUGCAUAUUAAGAUGAUUCUAAUUCUUUGAACUACCUCUGAUUGUCUUUUACUUUUUAUUCUUUACCACUUUUAUAGCACUGAAUGCUCUCACAUUUUGAACAGAGCUGGUCAGUGGUGUCACAUGAUUUUAGUUCCAGUACUCAGGAGAGAGAGGCAAGUACAUCUUUUUGUUUGAGGCCAGCCUGGUUUGUGGGGCAAUUUCCAGGAUAGCUAGGAAUACAUAGAGAGGCUUCUGCCUCAAAAUCUUUAAAAAAACAAAAAAAAAAAGUGCUCCAAAAUUGUAUUUACUGAUGCUAUUAAAUGGCAAAAUGCUAAAAUAAUUAUUUCGAGAAUAGCCAUGAACUAAACGCUAAGUACUGCUUUAUAUAAUUACAUCUAAAUUUGUCAUUUUAAAUUUGAGUAGCUCCUAAAUUUGAUAGUACAGUUUUCUAAAAAAAAAUAUUGUAAAUUACUUAUAAAUAUACAAACAAGAUAUUCAUUUGACUUAAGCAAACUUGGAAUAAUACUGAUUCUAAUAAUAUUGUAUAACAUACAGGCUAAACAUUUAGUGAUCAUCUGUAAAAACAAAUGCAAGUACUGUGACCAUUCAGAUGCUUUAAUAUUGCUGCACAGUGGAAUUGCUGUUCUUUUUUGUUUUUCUCGCCAGGGUUUCUCUGUGUAGUCCUAGCUGUCCUGGAACUCACUCUAUAGACCAGGCUGGCCUCAAACUCACAGAGAUCCACCUGCCUCUGCCUCCCGAGUGCUGGGAUUAAAGGUGUACACACCACCUGGUGGAAUUGUAGUUCGAGGGAAAGAUUUCACUAGUUCUCAGGCUUUAGGGUUUAGAGCUGUUAGGGUAAUGACUGUACAUUGUCAAGGCUGGAUUCACUCACAAACCUCUCUCUAUAAAUACAUUUUUCCUUUAAUCAGGAAGUUAAAUUGGCUCAACUCUAAACUCUUGUUUGAUAGCAGUUUGCAGCUGAAAUAGUUCGAAGUUUUGUCUUGUACCAGAAUUCUACUGAGUUGGGGAGUUUCUAACAUUUUCUCUUUUAUUUAUAUUUUUCUCAAAUUCUGGUUACUUAACUAUAGAAAGUUGGCUUUUAAUUUUCAAGUGAAAGCUUAUUUAAAAACCAGGACACUCUGCUUUGCUGUUCCUCUGUGUUUGCGGUGCCUUCAUACUUUUUUGUUCAGACUUCACAGCUAGCAGAGGGUUUGUGCUGUACAUGCUAAUUUGUCAUAGGGGGAGUGAAGUCUGUGUAUUUUUAAAUGGUUUAUUUAAAUCCCAAACAUGCCCCCUCCUCAUGGAAUUUUCUAAUUUGGAAAUAGUAAAACAUAAUUUAAUAUGAUCCCCUAGCUAUGCAGAUACACAAAAGUAAUAGUUGUCUAACUGAAGGAUUCUUAUAUAUGAGAAUAUAAAUAAAAUCUGGGUGAAUAAAGGCCUAAGAGUAAAACAAGCUUUAAAAGUCUCCUUGCUGUAAUCUGCUCAACUCUCAGUGUCUGGGGUGUUAUGCAAGAACCUUAUAGGAACAGCCCUAUUCACCGAGCUGAUUUAGAGUGUGUGUGUGGGUGUGUGGGCUUUUGGUGGAAAAGACAUGGGGAGUAGUGUGUUAUUUUUUUAUCUAUUCAUUUUUUUUAAUAGAUAAACCAGACAUGGUAAAGUGUGGUUGUUUUGGUAUUUACUAGGUUUUAUAGCUAUUUACAUAACCUUUACCAAUGUCCAGCUUUAUUUGCACCUAUGUCAGAUCCGGGGGUUUAAGAAGGGUGUGUGAAGAACAAAAGGCUGGGCUGUUAGCCUUCUCUUUCAGCUACUAUGUUGUGAACACACACCUAUCUGUUUUAUGCUAAUGAUUUUCUUUAUGCUCUGGACAUUUUGUUUGGAAUAUUUGAUUGUGAAGUUACAUAAAGUAUAAUA